ACGAUCUGCGCAUGCGGUUGUUUCUGCUAUGGCUGUAGACUGAAACUACAGUAACGCUAAUUAGUAAUUAAAAGCAAUUUGAUCCAAGUAUGGCAUCCAGCGGAGCUGGUGGCAGGGCGUUUCUGGCAGAUGCCGGGCAUGGAGAGCAAGAGUUGGAUGCCAACUCCGCACUCAUGGAGUUGGAUAAAGGGUUGCGAUCUGGGAAGCUUGGAGAGCAGUGUGAAGCUGUUGUACGGUUUCCAAGGCUGUUUCAGAAAUAUCCGUUUCCUAUCCUCAUCAACUCUGCUUUUCUGAAGCUGGCAGAUGUGUUCAGAGUAGGGAACAACUUUCUUCGUCUGUGCGUGCUGAAAGUGACUCAGCAGAGUGAGAAACAUCUGGAGAAAAUUCUAAAUGUGGAUGAGUUUGUGAAAAGGGUUUUCUCUGUCAUUCACAGUAAUGACCCUGUCGCCAGAGCUAUUACUCUACGAAUGUUGGGGAGCAUGGCCUCCAUAAUUCCGGAUCGUAAAAAUGCCCAUCACAGCAUACGGCAAAGCUUAGACUCGCACGAUAAUGUGGAAGUUGAAGCUGCCGUCUUUGCUGCGUCUCACUUCUCUGCACAGUCAAAGGAUUUUGCUACUGGAAUCUGUAACAAAAUUGGUGAAAUGAUACAAGGCCUGGCCACACCUGUUGACUUAAAGUUAAAGCUGAUUCCUAUCCUCCAGCAUAUGCACCAUGAUGCUAUGUUGGCUUCCAACAGCCGCCAGCUGCUUCAGCAAUUGGUUACAUCGUAUCCCUCAACAAAGAUGGUGAUUGUGACUCUUCAUACCUUCACUCUGCUGGCUGCCUUCUCAUUGGUAGACAUACCAAAACAGAUUCAGCUUUUGCUGCAGUAUUUAAAAAAUGACCCCAGAAAAGCUGUUAAGAGACUUGCUAUUCAGGAUCUCAAGUUUUUGGCCAGAAAAACCCCACACACAUGGAGCAGAGACAAUAUUCAGACACUAUGUGAGUGCUCCCUGCAGACGCCUUAUGACAGCCUGAAGCUGGGAAUGCUUUCUGUUCUCUCCACUCUGUCAGAAAGUGUUGCCAUCAAACAAUAUUUCAGUGGUCUUCCAGGAACAAAAGCAAAUGCUUCAAGAUAUUCAGAUUUAGUCAAAUUAGCACAGGACUGCAGUUACCAUAGCAACCGUGGCAUUGCAGCUCAUGGAGUGACUGUUCUUACGAAUAUUGUAUCUUCUUGUCAAGAUAUAGAUCAUUUGGCUUUGGAUAAAGAUGCAAUAUUUGGCCUUGAAUCUCUUCUUGUCUUGUGCAGCCAAGAUAACAGCGCAGGAGCUCAGCAGACUUUAAAGAUUGCUUUAUCUUGCAUGGUUAAGCUGGCAAAGUGCCGUCCGUAUUUGAGCCAGUCGGUGGUGGAAUCUCUUCUGACACAGCUGCACAGUGCUCAGGACUCUGCCAGGAUACUUAUGUGCCAUUGUUUAGCAUCCGUUGCUGUGCAGCUGCCUGUGUUGGGAGAUGGAAUGCUGGGAGAUCUAAUGGAGCUCUACAAAGUUAUUGGCCGCUCAGCCUCAGACAGGCAGCAGGAGCUUUUGGUUUCACUUGCUACAGUUAUUUUUGUAGCCAGCCAGAAAGCUCUGUCACCAGAAGUCAAGACCAUCAUUAAACAGCAACUUGAAAAUGUUUCUAAUGGCUGGACUGUCUAUAGGAUCGCCAGGCAAGCAUCCAGAAUGGGAAACCAUGACAUGGGCCGGGAGCUGUACCAGAGUCUGCUGACCCAGGUGGCCUCAGAACACUUUUACUUCUGGCUAAAUAGCUUGAAAGAAUUCUCCCUGGCAGAGCAGUGCCUGAGUGGCUUACAAGAAGAGGAUUAUAGCUCUGCUCUAUCGUCUAUUGCUGAAUCCCUGAAGUCCUACCAUAAAGGCAUUGCCUCACUUACGGCCGCUAGCACACCGAUGAAUCCUCUGAGUUUUCAGUGCGAAUUUGUAAAGCUACGAAUAGACCUUCUGCAAGCGUUUUCCCAACUUAUUUGCACAUGUAACAGUUUAAAAACCAGCCCCCCACCUGCCAUUGCUUCCACGAUUGCUAUGACCUCAGGGAAUGACCUUCAGAGAUGUGGUCGCAUAUCCACCCAGAUGAAGCAAUCCAUGGAAGAAUUCAGAAAUUUGGCCACACGAUACGGGGAUUUAUAUCAGUCGUCUUUUGAUGCCGAUUCUGCAACUUUGCGAAACAUUGAACUGCAACAACAGAGCUGUCUUCUAAUUUCAUAUACUAUUGAAGCUCUAAUUUUGGAUCCAGAAUCGUGUAGUUUCCAGGAAUGCAGCCUCAAUGGGUCUGUACAAGCUGACAGUGAAUAUGAACGCAGGAUGAUGUCGGUCUUUAACAGUGUCCUGGAGGAGGUGGAAGUCCUUGGUAGGAAAUACCCUCCAGUGUCUUACUUGCACACCUCUUGUUUAUGCAAUGCAGCAAUCAGCUUGCUGAAAGUUCCACUUUCAUUCCAAAGAUACUUUUUCCAGAAGCUCCAGUCUACUAGCAUAAAGCUUGCGCUAUCUCCCUCGCCACGUAAUCCUACUGAACCGAUUGCUGUACAGAGCAACCAACAAAUGGCAUUAAAGGUUGAAGGAGUGAUACAGCAUGGCACCAAACCAGGGCUUUUCCGAAAGAUCCAGUCAGUUUGUUUGAAUGUUUCAUCCGCAUUGCAAAGUAAACCAGGCCAGGAGUAUAAGAUACCUGCAGAGGGUGUGAGAAGUGAAAUGGAGCAAAAGGUUGAACCACACAACGAUUACUUUAGCACCCAGUUCCUGUUGAAUUUUUCAGUUCUUGGGACUCACCAUAUUACAGUAGAGUCAUCUGUCAUUGAUUCCAAUGGAGUCCUUUGGAAAACUGGUCCAAAAACCACAAUUUUUGUUAAGUCAUUAGAAGAUCCUUUUUCACAGCAGUUACGCCUGCAGCAGCAGCAGCAACAGCAGCAACAGCAGCCGGCACAGCAACCCAUUCAGCAACAGAGAAACGCAUACUCCCGUUUUUAAUAUUUCUUAACUGGGGUUAAUAUGUCUAGAACAACUCAAUUUUUUUACAUUAUUGCACCUUUUUCUAGAAACUGAAAUGCUGUUUGUGUCUAAUUGAAUAAAAAAAUUACAUUUCUA